UGUAUCCGAGAAAUCCAGAAACGGGCACACUGCACAAUUCUCACAUGCAUUUAGCCGAAUUUUGUUAAAAUUUUUAACAACCUGUAAAACAACUGCUUUAUAAAAGCUGAAAUUUAAUAUUAACGUCUGUGCCAACUGAUUCAAAAUGGACAAAAACAGCGCAGCGUUGUACAAAAAGGUGCAGACAGAGAUUGAGUCAUACCAGAACCUGCAAAAAUCCUGCGUCAAGAUGGUUAAACAGCGUGCCUUGCUGGAGAGCCAGCUAAACGAAAACAAGUGUGUCCUGGACGAACUAAAUCUUCUGGGACCCGACAACAAGGUUUAUAAGCUUUUUGGCCCCGUUUUGGUUAAACAGGAUUUGGAGGACUCGCGCCAGAACGUUGGCAAGCGCAUUGAGUAUAUCUCCAAGGAACUGAAGAGUUCCAACGAUACCCUGGAGAAUAUGGAGAAGGAUAUGCUGAAGCACCGAGAAACCGUGACCAAGUACCAGCAGCAAAUGCAGUUGGCGGCGGCUAUGAAGUGAAGUCCCAGCAUACAAAACUAAUUUACAUUUAACUUAUUUGAGAUAGCUGAACGGCUUUAAAAACUCACCUGGCAUGAUCGCGUCAUCUUGAAAUUAAUAAAAACAAUAAAACACUAAA